GGGGGCGAAGCGUUGGUUCCGCCCGCUCCACCUUCGGCCGCGCUUGGUUGAGGCCGCGCAGGCGCAGGCGCAGGCGCAGGCCGGCCCCUGGAGACCGCGAUGUUUUCCUCUCAGGCCGGUUCCAGCCGCUGCCCAGGGACGCCGCCGCCGCCGCCGCCGCUCCAUGGCCGCGGCCCUCGCCCUUCCCCCGCAGGCGGGCAGCAUGGAGGCCAGUGAGCGCGGGGCCGGCGGGGACACGCGCGCGCCCAAGGGCCGGGGCUCGCCGGCCGAGCGGGAGCGGGAGCGGGAGGCCGCCCUGCUGCAGCAGCUGCUCCGCCGGGGCCCCGAGCCCGGCCCGGCCCGGCCCGCGCUGUCGGGGGCCGGCGGCGAGGAGGGGCCGGGGCCGGGGCCGGGCGAGCUGCCGCUCGCCGAGCUCGUGCGAGGCCUACGCGGGGAGAGCCCGGCGCUGCGCGGGGAGGCGCUGCGGGACCUGCGCCGCCGCCUCGCCCGCCCGGGGCCCGGCGCCCAGGCGCUGCGGGCGCUGGUGGAGCACGGGCUGGAGAGCGCCGAGCCGGCGCUGCGCACCGCCACCGCCCUGCUGCUGCCCGCGCUGCUCGGGCCGCCGCUGCCCCGCGGCCUGGACCUGGGCGACCUCACCCUCAGCCUGGCCCGCAAGCUGGGCGCGCCGGCCCGGCCCGGCGGCGGCCCGGGGGAGGAGGCGGCCGCCGCCUUCAGCAGCCUCCGGCAGCUGGGCGAGAACCUGGGGCCCGAGCGCUUCCACGGCUACCUGGGCCGCCUGCCCUCCGCCCUGCGCGGCCACUACAAUCGCCUGCUGCAGGCCCGGCCCGGCGAGGACCCCGCGGGGCAGGGUCCCCUGAGCGCCAACCUCAAGUUCGGGCUGAUCCCUCAGGAGCUGCACGGCCGCCUGCUGGACCAGGAGGAUUACAAGAACCGCACCCAGGCCGUGGAGGAGCUCAAGCAGGUGCUGACAGAUGCCUCCUCCACCAGCCUGGCCUCCACGCCCGCCCCCAGCCUGCUGGGGCUCAUCAGCUUCCUCUACACCCUUCUGGACGACUCCAAUUUCAAGGUGGUACAUGGCACCUUGGAGGUGCUGCACCUGCUGGCCCUGCGCCUGAGCGAGCGGGUUCAGGCCUACCUGGGACCCCUAGUGUCGGCCGCUGCCAAGGUGCUGGGUGACAACAAGCUGGCCAUCCGGCAGGAGUACAGUCGGCUCUUCUGGUGCUUGAUGAAGGCUGUGGGUCCCCAACAGGUGUUGUGCCUGCUAUUGCAGCCAGAGCAUCUUCAGCACAAGAACUCCAAGGUCAGGGAGGAAGUGGUGAACAUCUGCAUUGGAUCCCUGCUCACAUACCCUAGUGAGGACUUUGACUUGACCAAGCUGGCGUUUGGGUUAGCACCAGCCCUGGUGGACAGUAAGCGGCGGGUCCGCCAUGCUGCCCUGGAGGCCUUUGCGGUGUUGGCUUCUUCCAUGAGCUCAGGCAAAACCAGUCUCCUCUUUAAGGCUGUGGAUGCUGUGGAAUUGCAGGACAACGGGGAUGGGGUGAUGCACGCCGUACAGGCCAGACUGGCGAGGAAAACCUUGCCUAAGUUAACAGACCAGGGGUUUGUGGAGUAUGCUGUGCCCAUGCCGUCCUCUGCCCAUGGCAGGGGGGUCUAUCUGCCCCAUGGAGCAGACACAGAUUGGUUGCUGGCAGGCAACAGGACUCAGAGUGCACACAGUUACUGUGGGGAUCAUACAAGGGAUGCGACACAAAACUAUGGCUCUCACAGCCCCUAUACUGAUCAAGGGAUAUGUCCCCGAAGGGUUUUAAGUGCAGGUAAAGGAAAAAACAAACUGCCUUGGGAAAAUGAGCGAGCUGGAGGCACAGGAGGCUGUUCAGGAAACCAGACACCCUUUACAAAGGGCAUAGAACAGUUCUGUCCAUACAAUGAUUUCCUUCAUUCUCCAAAAUUAAGAUCUUCUCAAGGAAUGCCAGUCAGUGAUGAUUUAUUUUUUAGCAGAAAAAAAGCUUCAAGGAAUUUAUUUCAGAAUAGUCUAGAUCUUAACUCUGAGCAUUCUCCUGUUUGUCCUGGCUCUCAUCAGCCACAUAUUUCAGGGAAAUGUGAACAACUUGGAUAUCCACAGAUACGUGGAAAGAGUGGUAGUGUGGGUUCUGAUUUACAACUUUUAGGAUUAAAUAACCAUCGGCAAGAUAAAGGGGAAAAUGCACAGGAAAAGCAUUCUCCAAUUCAGCUUAAACCAGCCUUGGUGAGAUCGCCAGCUUCACGGAGAGGAUUGAAUGGGACCAAACCUGUCCCCCCAAUACCAAGGGGGGCAAGCCCGUUGCCUGAUAAAUCUGAGUUAAACACAGCGAGACAGAAAAAUGAAGAGUCUGAGGAUAUUUGGAAGAGUGAAAAAGACAAGAAACUUGCAGUUGAUCUUUCAGAAUUAAAUGUCAAUCAUAAGGAGUCAGACCAGGAAGAGAUGCAGAGUUCACUUAGGUCUCUCCGUAAUAGUGCAGCUAAGAAGAGGGCAAAACUGAGUGGUAGCACUUCAGAUCUCGAGAGCCCCGAUUCUGCGCUUAAGCUUGAUCUGACUAUGGACUCCCCUUCCCACACUUCCUCUCCAAAUAUGAGCUCUUACAGUGAAAGUGGAGUUUACAGUCAGGAGUCUCUGACUUCGCCAGUGUCCACAACCCCACAAGGAAAGAUAAUCAGCUCAGACAUCUUUCCUCUUCUUGGAUGCAAAUCAUGUCCAGCAAGCCUGUCUUCAGCAAGGAAUAGAAGUACUAGCAUAGUAGAACAGAGCUCCAGUGCAGGGAUAACAUUUCAUGAUAAAUCAACCUCUGACGUGAGCAUAAUUGGCCAACGUCUGAACUAUGGAAAUGGAUCUGCUGAUUAUGAAGAUGACAAGCAGAGAGAAGUGUCACCUUGUGUUUUUAAAGGUCAGAACAAAGAGCAUCAAAGGCAUUGUAAACCUACAAAAGGAUUUACAGGGUCAACAUCUAGUUUACAGCAAAUUAACAACCUAGACUUCAUUUCACCGAGUGCCCUGUCUGAAGAUUCUGUAGUAAUUGUUGGAAAAGGUGUUUUUGGAAGCCCCCCAUCUGCGCCAUUAACAUACAGCCAGUCCAUGAUAUCGUGUGUGGAGAACGGAGACGUCCUUUCUCUCAAACAAGGCAUUGAGCCUCUAUCAGGGAUCUAUGGGAGAGCUGUCCAGCAGAACAGUGCACCUUUCCUUGAUACUGAAAAUGAGAAAGAUAUGAAAGUUGCCAUUUCAAAAUCUGCCCAGGAUAAGAUGAGGCAGAAGAAGAAAGAAGAAAAAGAACAGAGUCAUAAAGAACAUCAGGAAGUCAAUGAUGUGGGAAAAAAGGAACGAAAUCCCUGGGAACGACUUAGACAUAGUGAACCAGAGAAAAUGGCAACAGAAAGUUUAAGUUUUUAUGGAGAUGUGUUAAUAACAUCCAAGAAUGAGUCGUUAUCUUUCGAAGAUGUUGCCUUCAGUACUCCACUAAAAAGAACAUCCAGUUUAAGGCAGACACAGUCUUCAGUCUUGCUAGAUUCAGAUGAAACAUCUCCUGGACUGCGAGGGCAGUAUAAGGAUCGGACCCCAUCAGUCACACACAGUCCAGAAAUAAUGGAUCCAUCAGAGUUGCGACCCUUUUCAAAACCUGAAACAGCACUGACAGAAGCAUUGCGACUUUUAGCUGAUGAUGACUGGGAGAAGAAGAUUGAAGGACUGAACUUUGUUCGAUGUUUGUCUGCCUACCAUGCUGAUGUGUUGACUGGAAAGCUGCAUGAAACAAGUCUGGCUGUAGUUCAAGAGAUGAAGAAUUUACGCUCUGGCGUUUCCCGAGCUGCUGUGGUCUGUUUAGGGGAUUUGUUCACCUACCUGAAAAAGAGCAUGGAUCAAGAACUAGACAGUACUGUAAAAGUCCUGUUGCACAAAGCCGGAGAAUCCAACACCUUUAUAAGGGAAGAUGUAGACAAAGCAUUGAAGGCUAUGGUUAAUAAUGUGACUCCAGCACGUGCACUUUGUUCUCUUAUAAAUGGAGGUCAAAGUCAUUUGCACACUGCAGUGAGAAGAUGCACAGCCCAGCACUUAUCAGAUGUGGUGGAACGAAUGGGACCAGGACGGAUAUUAUCUGGAAUUAAGGAUGUUACUGACAGGAUUUUACCUGCCGUAGCCAAGUUUGCCCAGGAUGGCUCACAAGAAACAAGGUACUAUGGUCGUAAGAUGCUCUUCAGUAUGAUGACUCAUCCAGACUUUGACAAAAUGCUUGAAAAAUAUGUGCCAUCUAAGGAUUUACCUUACAUUAAGGAGUCUGUCAGCAGUCUACGUCAAAAGGGCCUAGGAGAGAUGCCUCUAGACACACCAUCAGCCAAAGGAAGACGUUCUUAUACUGCCAGCAUUGGACAUUCAAGGUCUUCGUCCACUUCGAGAGAUGCACUCAAUAUCACUGAAAGAGAGAGUACAGAAGUACAUGAAAUUACAAGAAAACCAGUUGCUCGUAAUUCACUAGAAAGUGCAGAAUAUGUUAAGGUCAUUACAAGCUUACUGAAUGCAAAAGACUUUCGGGACAGAAUUAAUGGAAUUAAAAAACUGUUAUCGGACACGGAGAACAAUCAAGACCUCGUUGUUGCGAACAUUGUGAAGAUCUUUGACGCUUUCAAGUCUCGCUUACAUGACUCCAACAGCAAAGUAAAUCAGGUAGCUCUAGAGACAAUGUACAAGAUGAUUCCUUUGCUGAAAGAUAACUUAUCACCUGUUAUCAACAUGUUGAUUCCAGCCAUGGUAGACAACAACCUGAACUCCAAGAAUCCAGGGAUCUAUGCCGCUGCCACAAAUGUUAUUCAAGCUCUUUGUCAACAUUUAGAUAAUUACUUGCUUCUCCAACCAUUCUGCACAAAGGCCCAGUUUUUGAAUGGAAAAGCAAAACAAGAUAUGACUGAAAAGCUUGCUGAUCUUGUUAUGGAGCUAUACCCACGGAAGCCUCAUGCUAUAGAGCAGAAAGUUUUAGUUGUCCUAUGGCAUCUCUUAGGAAAUAUGACAAACAGUGGCUCGCUACCUGGAGCUGGAGGAAAUAUUCGGACAGCUACAGCUAAAUUAUCAAAAGCACUUUUUGCACAAAUGGGUCAAAGCCUGUUAAUCCAGGCUGCAUCUCAGCCACCACACAUCAAAAAGAAUUUAGAAGAAUUUCUUGAUAUAGCUACCUAAAAUAAACGGUGUGUAUGUGUGUGUAGCUCAGUCAAUACAUACACUAUAUGACAGACUGAUAACUGUUUACAUGAAGACAAGUGAAACAAUUCUAAAGUUGCUUUUUCACAGUGCCUGCACUUUCAUGUAGAAAACUAGAAUGGCUGCCUUUAUUGACAACCUGUAGAGCACCUCACUGUCCUGUACCAGCACAUUUACACCAAAUCAGUAUAACAUUCAUGAACUGUCCUCACCAGUGUUGCUUGCAGGCCACAUGGAAGUAUGUAAGGUCUUUAAAGAGAAGUCAGUCCUGCUCAUUUGCACUCUUCUUUAGAAAUUACAGCACAGUAACCUGUAUGUAAUAAUAGAUAUGAAAUUUGUAAUGAAUAAUAUACUUUUUAUUAUGUAAUCAUGUUCUGACAUGUUUUCUCACUUAGCCUUACUUACGUAAGUGGAAAAAAAAUCCUUGAGUGAUGUAUAUGGUACCAAAAACAGGGGUUUAUGUGACAUUUGUGAAAAAUAUAUAUUUCUUAAAUCAGUCCACUUAUGAUUGUGCACUAUUAGCUUACUAUUGCUCCUGUUACAUUGAUGUAACAUUUGUUCGACAGUUGGGCAUAAUCAGCUGCACAGAUGUAAAAUUUUAACAGGUUAUAAUGAAGCAUGAUGACAAAAAAAAUUUAGGAAGUAAUUUUUACAGAUUUUGAAACGCACAUUUUGUCUUAAAAAAAAUUUCCAGGUGGUAAAUGUAUCUUCCCUAGUUUUGUUUAAAAACACUAAACUUAAUCUUUAUCUGUCAAAUGUUUAUAAAGAUGUUCUCUCUUAGCCCAGGUGUGUAAUUCUCAACAGCAUAGUGCCAGGUCUUCAAUAGCUUUUUUCAGAGUUCUCCGGCUAUAAGUACUGUACUCAUUUUAAAAAGAAAAAGGAAUGUUAUAAAAAAUAAAUGGAUUUAUUUCUGUAAAA